CAGUAUGACCGCCACCUUGGCCAGUGUGGGCGCUGCCAGUAUUCCCAGUGCUGGACUGGUGACCAUGCUGCUGAUCCUGACAGCUGUCGGCCUACCCACCCAGGACAUCAGUCUGCUCAUCGCUGUCGACUGGCUGCUUGACAGAAUGCGCACGUCCAUCAAUGUGGUGGGCGACUCAUUCGGUGCCGGCAUCGUGGAUCACUUGUCAAAGGCGGAGCUCGCUGAACUCGAUGCGGCGGAAAUGGAACUGCACCCACCAGAAGAGGAGCUGGAUUUCAUUCCUCUCCACCGAUCCUCACAGAAAUGGACCUGA